AUGACGACCCAAACCCCCGAUAUCCAUUUCAUUGGCACUCACACCCGCUAUUCUAGCUGGACGAGCCGGAUCGAAGCUGUGUUGGAGUACUUCGAGAUCCCGCACACGCGUCAAUAUAUCAAACUCUCCGAUGUGAAAAAGGUUUCCCCAACUGGGCUCGUGCCCUUCAUACAAAGUCAUUCUCUCGGAGACACUGCAAUUUGUGACUCGGUUGCAAUUUGCGAGUUCCUUGCAGAGUCUUAUCCAGAAAUUUCUCUCUGGCCUCAGGAUCGCCAGCUGAGGGCAAUUGCUCGUAGCGUGGUUGCUCAGAUGCACUCAGGAUUUGGAGCAAUCCGCAACUCGUUCAGCACGAAUUUCCUGGCCAAAUAUACCGGAAAUAUCCCAAUUAGCGAUGAGGCUCAGAAAGAAAUUGAAAAAAUGCUGAAGCUCUGGGAUAGUUCCAGGCAUACAACCAAGGAACGCCUUGCUACUUUGGGCCAGUCGGAUGAAGGAUUCCUGUUUGGAAAGUUUAGCAUCGCCGAUGCAUUUUUCUGGCCGGUUCUCUGGCGAUUUCGAACCUACGACCUCCCUUUGGACACUGCGAGCCCCGAUGCUUUGGCGUGGAUGUCGAAGAUGUGGAAUGACCCGGUGUUUAAGAGAUUGGCCCAUCGGUACUAUGAACAAGCCAAGGACCCGGAGACCCGAAUCGACCAUUACGACGAUAUCUUUCGAGGUCAGCAGGGUAUCACAUACAGCUGGUUCCCGGAGGACUGGACAUUCUCUGUGCCUAGCAAAUGA